AGUGCCGGCCUGGAGGCCGCACUAGACCGAGGUUCCCGCAGCGUUACCCAGCCGCUGCGGGUUCCAGCCAUGGAUUGUUACACAGCUAAUUGGAACCCACUCGGAGACUCUGCCUUUUACCGGAAAUAUGAACUGUACAGCAUGGACUGGGACCUGAAAGAGGAACUCAGGGACUGCCUGGUAGCUGCUGCACCCUAUGGGGGCCCCAUUGCACUGCUGAGGAACCCCUGGCGAAAGGAGAAAGUUGCCAGUGUACGGCCCAUUCUUGAGAUCUAUUCUGCUUCUGGUGUGCCCCUGGUUAGCCUACUGUGGAAGAGUGGACCUGUGGUGUCCAUGGGCUGGUCAGCUGAGGAAGAACUGCUCUGCGUGCAGGAAGAUGGUGCAGUACUGGUUUAUGGGCUUCAUGGUGACUUCCGGAGACACUUUAGCAUGGGCAAUGAGGUGCUGCAGAACCGGGUUCUAGAUGCCCGGAUUUUUCACACUGAGCUUGGUUCUGGGGUGGCCAUCCUCACAGGGGCCCAUCGCUUUACCCUCAGUGCCAAUGUAGGUGACCUUAAACUCCGGCGGAUGCCAGAGGUGCCAGGCCUGCAAAGUGCACCCUCAUGCUGGACUACAUUGUUUCAGGAACGAGUAGCACACAUUCUUCUGGCUGUGGGGCCUGAUCUUUACCUCUUGGAUCACGCAACUUGCUCUGCAGUGACACCCCCUGGACUACCCCCAGGAGUGACUAGCUUCCUGCAGAUGGCUGUCUCCUUUACCUAUCGACAACUGGCACUCUUCACAGACACGGGCUACAUCUGGAUGGGAACAGCGUCACUUACGGACAAGCUGUGUGAGUUCAACUGCAACAUUCGAGCACCACCAAAGCAAAUGGUCUGGUGCAGCCGUCCUCGCAGCAAGGAGAGGGCUGUUGUGGUGGCCUGGGAGAGGCGACUAAUGGUGGUGGGCAAUGCACCAGAGAGCAUCCAGUUUGUGCUAGAUGAGGACUCCUACCUGGUUCCUGAACUCGAUGGAGUCCGCAUUUUCUCCCGAAGUACCCAUGAGUUCCUGCAUGAGGUUCCAGUGGCCAGUGAGGAGAUCUUCAAAAUUGCUUCAAUGGCCCCUGGAGCACUGCUAUUGGAAGCCCAGAAGGAGUAUGAGAAAGAGAGCCAGAAGGCAGAUGAGUACCUACGAGAGAUCCAGGAGCUGGGGCAGCUAACCCAGGCAGUACAGCAGUGCAUUGAGGCUGCAGGACAUGAGCACAGGCCAGACAUGCAGAAGAGUCUGCUCAGGGCGGCCUCCUUUGGAAAGUGUUUCCUCGACAGAUUUCCACCUGACAGCUUUGUACGCAUGUGUCAGGACCUGCGUGUGCUCAAUGCCGUUCGGGAUUACCACAUUGGGAUUCCCCUUACCUAUAGCCAAUACAAGCAACUUACUAUCCAGGUGCUACUGGACAGGCUUGUGUUGCGGAGACUUUACCCCCUCGCCAUCCAGAUAUGCGAGUACUUGCGCCUUCCUGAAGUACAGGGCAUCAGCAGGAUCCUGGCACACUGGGCCUGCUACAAGGUACAACAGAAGGAUGUGUCAGAUGAGGAUGUUGCACGAGCUAUUAAUCAGAAACUGGGGGACACUCCUGGUGUCUCAUAUUCAGACAUUGCUGCACGGGCCUAUGGCUGUGGCCGCACAGAGCUGGCCAUCAAGCUGCUGGAGUAUGAACCACGCUCAGGGGAGCAGGUACCCCUUCUCCUCAAGAUGAAAAGGAGCAAACUGGCACUGAGCAAGGCCAUUGAGAGCGGGGACACUGACUUGGUGUUCACAGUGUUACUGCACCUGAAAAAUGAGCUGAACCGAGGAGACUUUUUCAUGACCCUCCGGAACCAGCCCAUGGCCCUAAGUUUGUACCGACAGUUCUGUAAGCAUCAGGAGCUAGAGACACUGAAGGACCUCUACAAUCAAGAUGACAAUCACCAGGAGUUGGGCAGCUUCCACCUCCGAGCCAGCUAUACUGAAGAGCGCAUCGAAGGGCGAGUAGCAGCUCUGCAGACAGCAGCUGAUGCCUUCUAUAAGGCCAAGAAUGAGUUUUCAGCCAAGGCCACAGAGGAUCAAAUGCGCCUCCUCCGGCUACAGCGGCGCCUAGAAGAUGACCUGGGAGGCCAUUUCCUAGACCUGUCUCUACAUGACACAGUCACCACCCUCAUUGUUGGUGGCCACAACAAGCGUGCAGAACAGCUGGCACGUGACUUCCGCAUCCCUGACAAGAGGCUCUGGUGGCUGAAGCUCACUGCCCUAGCAGAUUUGGAAGACUGGGAAGAGCUGGAGAAGUUUUCCAAGAGCAAAAAAUCACCCAUCGGUUACCUGCCCUUUGUGGAGAUCUGCAUGAAACAGCACAACAAAUAUGAGGCCAAGAAGUAUGCUUCCCGUGUGGGUCCUGAGCAGAAGGUCAAAGCCUUGCUUCUUGUUGGAGACAUAGCUCAGGCUGCAGAUGUGGCCAUCGAGCACCGGAAUGAGGCUGAGUUGAGUCUUGUGUUGUCCCACUGCACUGGAGCCUCUGAUGGGGCCACAGCUGACAAGAUUCAGCGGGCCAGAGCACAAGCCCAGAAGAAGUGAGAGUCCCCUCUUCAGUGGGCACUGCCCCAAGAAGCUGGCCUUGACUGAAGAGUUAUUUCAUCCAGUUCCUCUCUCAAGCGAAGCUGUGAAGAUGAAGUGGGGGACCAGGGGUUUGAUUGUAAAUAAAGUUGGAACACUUUAAAGUGCUUGUCUUGCACAGUCCAGCCUAAGAAAAAGCUAAAUACAGAACUUUCAACAGAACUCAGCCAAUGAGUUUGGGACUAGAAGGAGAGGCUUACAAGAGGGUCCUGUCUGCCCCCACAUCCCUUAGGAAGAUUAUGGGACAAUAUAGCACAAAACAAGCACCACCUCUAUGAGAACUACACUGAAGUAAAGCAUCAUAUGCACAUGCACAUGCACAUACACAUGAGAACCAUGCUAAACAUUUUGCUAUUAUUACUUCGUUUAUUCCUCCUGAUAAUCCUGAUAAAUAGGUUAUAUUCCUCUCUUACAGGACCAGGGAGGUUUAUAACAGCAAGUUAGUAGCAAAACAUUUGAAACCCAAGUCAUCUCCAAGCUG